UGUUUUGAUUGGCGUUGUACGAUUAAAAUUUGGCAAAACAGUGAUUAAAUUAAGUUAAAAUUAUGUACCACACGCCUAAGCGUAACAAAAUAGACACAGCGGAUGGUAGUGAUGUUGAUGUGUCACCUAAUAAUCGAAUUUUGAAAACGAAAACCCUUAAUAUAGGAGACAAAGGACCGGUUAACGGAAGCCCAAGCUUGGGCGAGAAAAAUGUAUUGUCUCCUAGUGAAACACGAAGAGGUCGACCCAGUGCAGAUUUAUUAAAUACAUUAAUUUUGGAAGGUUCUACAUCCCCCAGUUCCAUUAAAUGUACCUAUUGUGGACGGGUCUUUCCUAGGGAAAAGUCUCUACAAGCUCAUUUAAGAACUCACACAGGAGAAAAACCAUAUGUCUGUGACUACCCCCGUUGUACAAGAAAAUUUGCUCAGUCAGGCCAAUUAAAGACACAUCAAAGACUCCACACUGGAGAAAAGCCCUUUAUUUGUGCUGCACCAAAUUGUUCACGUAGUUUUACCCAUGCUAAUCGUCACUGCCCAGAUCAUCCCGAUUAUACUUUAAAACGUUGCUCAGUAAAACCAGAGCCUAAUCUUAAUAAGAAAUAUGAUGAAACUCAUAAUGCAGAAGUGAGGGAAUGGCUUCAAAACUGGGAUAGACGAAACAAACCAUCUAGUUCCAAUGAAAAUCUCGAUACAACUCCUAAGAAGUCCAUGUUUAAACGAGAAGAGUCGGUAUUUAGUAGUGGGAGUUCUGCUUAUUUUUCCAGCUGUUCGCAAACUAGUUUAACAGAUGAUAUAGAAAAUUCUCCAAAAUCUGAAUUGGAGGAUCUCGAAACUUCUAUUUGUAGUAACUCGGGUAGUUCCGAAUCUGAAAUGCAGAGUGAAACGUCGCCGAAAAGUUUACCUUCAGAAUUGCCUAAAAAACGUUGGUUGCGUGAAGCCGUGCAGGAUCAAAGUCUUUGGGAUGCAACCAAUGAUCUUGCCUGCCCCAUAAACUGGGGCGAAGAUGUAUUCGGUGAAGUGAAUGAUUCAGAGAAAAAUACUGCGUUUGUACCUAAGAUUAUCAAUGAAAAUCAAAAACGUCCUUCUGUUCUUGUUUGUGUUCAAGGUGGUAAGAGCAAAGAAAUUUCUAGUGAUGAGAUUCAAGGAGCUAUGGCUCUUGUUGAGUUAAAAAAUGGUUCAACUUGUAACUUUAAUUACAGGAUUUAGUAGUUACUUAUACGUGUUGGUAGGUUGGUUUAUAUAGAAAAAUUUCAUAUAGGAAAGUUGCAGUGCAUAUGGCAUAUAUAUUUUUAAUACAAUGACAGUUUACCACAAAAUCAUAGUUGUGGCAGAUUCAUAAUAAAACUAAUAUACCAAUAUGUGGAAUUCUAAACUUUCUUUAUAACACAUGGGUAGCGCAGUCAGUCAAGAUAAUAUUUUAUAUAAUAAAAUUACUUUCUCCUGGCCUUUUAUUUAAUUUGAUAACACGAUGUAUGAGAUAUUACCAGUAGAUGCAUAUUAAGGCUGCUACUAACGUGUGUAUUAACCAAAUUUGUUAAAAUAUUCGUUUUAUAUGAAAAGCUUGUGUAUUUUAAUGUUGGUAUGUAAUACCAACUUAAUCUUCACAUAUUUUAAUGAUUAACUAGUUUAAUAAUUAAUCUAGUGCGAAAAAUACUCAUUUACAUUUUGAUUAACGAUAGAGAUAUAUUUAAUUUUUCUUGAAAUACUUGUACACUAGUAUGCAACAAAUUUACUAUCAUCCUUUCUUUUAUUUUGUAAAAUAGUCUUUAUUACGAACACUGACCUCUAUUAGAAUAUGGAUUACUACUACAGCUUUAAAAGUUUUAGCCAAAUUGCUCGUGCACAGGCAGCAUUUGAUUCUGCACAUUUAAUUAUGUGUACAAACUAUGUAGAGUAUAUAUUACAGUUAUAUACGAAAAGUGAAUGCCUGACGCAAAACUGUCACCGUCAAUCAUCGUCACCAAACAGCAACUAAAUGUGCAGAAUCUACUUGGGUUUCCUAAUAGAUGUAAUAUUUGUCACAUAGACCUCUACUACACUCUAUUCAUAUAUGAUAAAGAUCAGUGACUGUAAAUGAAAAAUGAAAAUUACGAUGAUGAAAGAACCACUCGCACAGUUAAUGGAAAUCGACAACCCGUCAAAUUAUCUGAAAAUGAAAUACGUUGCAGUUUGAGAUGCCCAACACCCAAAAAUGAAUACUUAUCGAGGUAACCGACAUUGAAAGUGAGCAAGUCCCAUCGCGCUUAUACAUAGUCUUUUUUACGGAAAGCCGUAUGACUCUUCUCUCUCAAUCUCUUUCUCUCUGAGAGAAACAAGAUGAGAUCGCUGAUCAUAAAGUCCUUUAUUUGCAGUCUUUCGAGUUUUGGAAAACAAGUUUUAGAGCUGAUGUAAGUUAGCAUAAUUAUUAUCUUAUCAUUAACGAUUAACAUUAAUCUAGCAGCGGCAGCCUUAGACGACCUAUGUCAUUUAAGACAUUACUAUAUGUUAAUAUAAUCAAAGUUACGUAUUCAAUUUUUGUUUGAAUUUCCAAAACAAAUAAAUAAAAACUUAAACUUCGUGUGACCUGAGAGAUCAGUUAUAACCAAUUUUUAUGAGAUCCUGCCAACUGUUUAUAAUAGUUUUGUUAAUUCCGCACGUUGGUUACCAUUUUGUAGGUGCUGUUUAAAAAUGUACAUUAUAAUUGUUAGUUUUGAGACAUAGAGUCCUUAAGGUAGCACGUUUGCAUGCAUUUUACUACAUAAGGUUUACAGAAAGCUAAAACUGAAAAAAAUAUGUUUUUAUACCAAAAACUGAUAACUUACUACCUACAUAUAUCGUGAAAUAUAAGUAUUGGCUAUCAUUAAGUUUAAUAGAUGCACGUUGUGAUAGGUACAUAUUUAUUUAGUAUGUUAUUAGAAUCAGUGUUUUAAUAUUGAAUUUAUGAAUCGUAUUGGCUUAUGUCUCGAAACAUUUUUAUCAGUUAAUAAACAGAAUACACAUACUUUAUGUCCACUUUUUUGUUACGUCUACUUUUUUCCUUUGCGCUUGCCUUUUUCUUUCAUUGUCUCUGAUUUUUCUUCUUGACAAAUUUGUUACUUUACAUCCGUUUUUCUUAUUUUAUGCCUGCUUUUCAACUUUGCGCCCGCUUUCUUUUCUUUACGUUUGCUUUUUUUAUUCCUUCAAAAAUCUUCCCUUUGUUUCGAGAGGAAGGUGCCACAUGUAAACUCUUCGUUUCUUUGAGAGAAGAGUCAUACGGCUUUCUGUAAAAACGACUAUGAAUAAGCGUGGUGGGACUUAUUCACUUUUAAUGUUGUUUACCUCGAUAAGUAUUCAUUUUUGGGUCUUGGAUCCUUGACAAUUUUAUCCCAGACUACAACAUAUUUCAUUUUCAGACAAUUUGACGGGUUGCCGAUUUCCAUUAAAUGUGUUUUCUUUUCUUUUACUCUUUAUCAAAUUCUAUUCGAAGAAUCACUUCAGGAAUACAUCAGAUAUUUACUUAAAUACAGAGUAUUUAUGAAAUAGUCGAUAUAUUUUUUGCUGACAAUUUAUAUGAUUGCUUAUAAAUCACUAUAAAUAAAAUAGGUGCCACACUAUACCAACUUAAAAUAGUAGUUUUUUUUAUUAUACCGUUAGUUUAUUUACGUCUAAAAUUCCAUUUCUUCUACAAUUGAAGUAUUAAUUCUAACAAAGGCAUGUGCAACUUAGCCUAAAACCCUUUUUUUUCUUGUUUUUUUUUCCAAAAUAAGUAUUUUCUAUAUGAGCACCUGCAGUUAAAAGGUGAAUACAGGUCUAUUAAUUAUUGUGAUAAUUAUUUAUUUUUAUUUUUUGGUGUUAUUUUGUUAUUGAAAGGAACUGUUUGUUAAAAAAGUUUG